AUGACGCUGCCGACGCCCUGCGACUUCAGCGCACGCAUGCAGGAGCGGUCGCCCCCGCAGGAGUCGGAGGGCCAGUGCGAUCGCGGUGUCCAGCCAGAGCUCCUCCUGCCCACAAGUGAGGCCGGCGCGCUUCUCCGGCGGCACAAUGGCACCACAAUCUCUUUUCUGGGCGACUCACUUGUGCGGCAGCUCUUCCACAUGCUCGUGUGCCUGCUGAGCGUGCAGCCUGGCCUCGUCAUCGACGCCGAGCCUCGGUAUCGGUAUUGGCGCUGUCCGCACUGGGACUGCGUCAACCAGUACAAGCGCGUGACGCUGCGUGACCCGAAGAUGGGCCUUGCGCUCACGAUGCUAAACAAGUGGGUCAUGGAGGCCAGCACGGUUGCGCCGCACGAGGCUGAGCUGAUCGGCGAGGCAAACGUAGUGGUUUUUGGCGGUGCGGUCCUCUGGCUCGAAUACUUCGCGGGUCACUUUGACACCCCCUCGGGCGAGUUCAGCAACGUUGAUCAGAACGUCGGGCGCGGGCCCCAACUCGCCGGCGCAGGCUCACUGGGCGCAGGCGCCAACUCCUCCUACCCGUGUGUGAAGCUCGGCCCAGCCGGGGCAGAGCUCGCGCACGGCAAUCCGCGCCGCACCGCGGGCAACGCCGUAGCGGCGGAGGCGGGCUGGCCGGUGCUCGCCACUUUCGACGACUCGGUGUCGCAGUGGGCGGCGCACCCUGGGAUCAAGGCGGCCGAGUAUGAGGACGGCGAGUCGUGCCAAGGGAAGGCUGAGCCGGACCGGAUGGCCCGCAGCAUAAUCCUCGGCAAUUGGUGGAACCGAACGCACCAGAGCCGGGAGUCUCAGACACUAAUCAGCCGACACGUGCCGUUUGCGAGCCUCUACUUUCUCGAAAGCAGCCUCUUCACCCCGGCGGACUUGAUUGACCGUCCUGCGCUGGCACGGAAGAACAGCGGCCGCCGCCUCAUCGCCCACCUGAGCCGGGACUGCAUGUACCCUUGGCGGCUGCAGCUCUGGGACAAGAUUGUAGCGGCGCUGCCCGAGGGCGAGGCCUUCGCUCUGGGCCAAUGCAACGGGAUCGACGGUCUCGCGACGGUCGACACGAGCCGUCUGGUGCGGGACGAGGGGCCAAGCCAGGCGGAUCCGACGCACCGGAAUCCGUGGGUGCGCCUGUUCGGACGGCAGCACGACGGCGGGUUCGCCAAUGGGACCUUUGUCACGUACCACGACGAGGCGGCGCUGCUGUACCGAGACUACCGCUUCGUCUUCGUCGCCGAGAACCACGCCCUCGCCCCGGGCUACAUCACUGAGAAGCUCAUUCUCGCGUUCCUGGGCGGAGGCGUGCCGGUGUUUGCUGGGCACCCUUCGGUGCUGCACAUCUUCAACGAGGCGGCAUUCGUGUACAUCGCAAACAUCAGCCGGCCUGAGGCGGCACUGCGCGAGCUGACGCGCCUCGCUGCGAACGCGACCGCCUACAAGCAGAUGCUGCAGCAGCCCACUUGUGGAUCCUCCUCUCACCUUACUUGCGACGGUGUAUCAUUCACUUUAUGGCGGCGUGGCGUAUCCGGAGAUGCUAGGGGGGCGUAA